AUGAACCUCCUUUCACUUCUCGCUCUUCUAGGCUUUGCGGCGGCCGUGGUAGCCGUGAGAGACUCUCCGUCCGCAUGCUCUGCCUUCAAGCCCACGAAUAUCACCAACGUCGCGCUCACCAACCUGCCCACCUACUUUUCCGCAAACGCGUCCGUGAACAUCUCCAACGAGUACUCGAGUAUCGACGUGUCGAACCUCCCGGCCUUCUGUCGCGUCGAGCUCACGAUCACGACGAACACGACCGCGGGCUCGUUCGCCCUCACCGAGGUCUGGCUCCCAGACGACUGGAAUGGCCGGGUGCUCACUCUAGGGAACGGCGGAUUGGCUGGUGGGGUCACUGUCGCCGAGCUCGGCUACGUCGCCGUCCCUCAAGGAUUCGCAGGCAUCUCGACGAACACCGGGCAUGACGGCGACGUAGACGACGGCUCCUGGGCCGGCCCACACAACGACAAUGCGAUCGUGGACUGGGGAUGGCGUGCCAUGCACCUGAGCGUAGUCGCGGGAAAAGAGGUGGUACAGCAAUACUACUCCACACCCGCCAAUAAAUCAUACUACCUCGGGUGUUCCAAUGCCUCCCCUAGCUUGAAGGAGGUUCAGGAAUUUCCGGAAGACUUUGACGGUGUGAUCGUCGGCUCUCCUGCCAAUUGGCAGACACACCUUCGAGGAUGGUCUAUUCACAUGAACCUCAAUACCCAACCUUCGACAUCGCCCCAUUUCAUGACGGAGGAUAUAUGGGACAAUGUCCUUGCCCCCGAAGUUUUGCGGCAAUGCGAUUCCUUGGAUGGUCUUGUCGAUGGAAUCAUCAGCGAUCCGAGAGACUGCGCUUUCCGCCCUGAAACGCUAACCUGCAGCCCAGGCCAAAAUAAGUCGACUUGUCUGACGCCUGAUCAAAUAUCUGCCUUGCAUCGCAUCUACGCGCCAUACUACGAAGCUAACCAGACGUUCGUAUUCGGCGGCUACUUUCCCGGAGGAGAGACCAAGUUCUAUCACGGACUGGUCGGUAAGAAGCAGUCCAAGCCUACCAAGGCAUACUUCCAGUUCAUGGUCACGAACAAUACGGAUUGGACUAUCCAUGACUACAACGCUACCUUGCUACAACUUACCGAUGAGCUCGAUGUUGGCCAGUCCAACGCCAUCAACCCGAACAUCAUAGGAUUCGUGGGCUCGCAGCACAACGGGAAGCUCAUCCAGUAUGUGGGAUGGGCCGAUCAACUGAUCAGUCCCAACAACUCGAUCUAUUACUAUGAGACAGUCCACGAGUGGACGCGCGCGAACACCAACCUAGACAUCGACGACUUCUAUCGACUCUUCACCGUGCCUGGAAUGAACCACUGCCAUGGUGGAUUUGCCGCAAACGCCUUCGGCGGCGUACAGCAGGCGUCGAACAACAACCCACCGUUGUCUCUCGGUCCACAGCAUAAUAUUUUGGCUGCUAUCGUGAAAUGGGUUGAGGAUGGUAUCGCACCCGACAACUUCACCGCCGUGAACUACAACAGCAACGACGUCGCCAACGGCGUUGGCUUCACCCGGCCACUCUGCAGAUACCCAUCCAAUCUCAGAUACAAGAGUGGAGAUCCUAAUAGCGCCUCUAGCUUCGAAUGCGUGUUUGAUUCCUAA